AUGACUGACUCGAUACCCAACCCCUGGAUUGUCGAGUACCUCGUCGACAUUGCUGAACAAUACGGGGCAAACCUCGCAGCAGUACCGCGGAAAGACAAGGCUGCUAAAGCGCAACUAGUCAAGGUUGGCCGGAGUUCCGUCUUUGAAGCAGCGAAGAGGUUCUUGACUUUCCCUCCCCCUGAUAAGGACGAACCGUGCGCGCUGUGGGUCGAAAUUUCGGACAAGAAACACGUCAUCCGCGCCCGACUGAGCGCAGACGCGAUACAAAAACAUGAUGCAAAUCCCGCACAUGGUGGGAAGCCCAUCACCUCGCGCAAGUCCGCCUUCGUCCUGCUCAAGGACUUCCGUCCUGCCCUCGGACGGGUGGCCCGGAGAGAUGGACAGAGCGGCAUGACAGAGGAAUCGACCCUCUUCUUGGACGUAGACACUAUUGUGCUCAAAGGUGCGUUUGGCGAGGCGAUGUGGGGCUCCCCCGUGGAUUCCUCGAACGACCCAAAAGUACGGGAUUGGAUACAUGGCUUGCGACAAGAUGGUGGAGCAGGCAAUGUCCUGAAGCUGAGGAAACAGGAGGCAGCUGCUCACGCUGCCGAGCGAGAGGAGUUUGAGAAGAAAGCUGCGAUGAAGCCGGCGGCAAAACCUUCUAUGCAAACGACGAUCAACCCUGCUGCUCUGGACAUGAAGGUUCGUGUGGCAAGGAAGUCCGUUGCUCAGAAGCCGAAGAAGUCCAUCAACGACGAAGACAGUCGGCAAGCCCUUAUCCCGAUUAACAAGGAGGUUCUACGGCGGGCCGCCUGGAAGCGGUUCCACGCGAACAUGGUCAAGUACUUCCGCCCGCCGGAUGACAUCUUCGAGCAGUUGAUAUCUUUAUGCGAUGGAUCCUCAUCCAAGUCCGCAAUCCAGGUUUCAAAGGCGGCACAGAGGCAACAGCCUCGCUCGCGCUCAGGCAGCCCCCGAGCAGGUACCCCGCGGUUCUCGCCUCCUCCUAGAUCCCCUUCACAUUGGUCGCCUUCGGUACGCGGGAGCCCUCAGCGCGAUCCAGCGGGUGACUCGUCGGAGACGGAGGAGGAGCCUAGCGACGACGGAAUGGAGGUCGACGAUCCCAAUUCGGCCCAAGUCAAUGGCACGAUGGACGAAGACCCUCCCGAUCCACCAGAAGCCAAUGGUGGUAUAGACGAGCGGCGCGACGAAGACGAAGACGCAGCCGCGAACCACAGCUCGUCGUCCCUCACAAUGCCACCCCCAGCGCAGCCCCGGCCCGCUCCCACUCCAUCCGACGUCCCCUAUGCGACCUCGCAGCCGCAGCCUCAGUCUCAGGUCGCCGAGCCUCCGUCCCAAGCUGCGGACCAUGACCUACCCCCGUCGAGCCUUCCGAUACCCCCAUCCAGUCUCCGCGACCAGCUGUCUUCCCCUCUCACUCAGGGUCGUGACAUAUACCAGCCCUCUUCGGUACCUCGGCUAGGAUGGAGUGCGAGCGAACCACUGAUACGUCGAGUUCCACCCCCGGUAUAUAGCAUGCUACGUCCUGACCCGGACGCCAGCGGUGAGGGAAGGGUGCUGGUGGAGAAUUCAGAUACAGCGAGCCCCGGUAGCCAGCGCGUGGGUAUGUCCCAGAGCCAGAGUCAUAUUCAAAGCCAGAGUCAGAGCCAAAGUCAGGGCCGGGACGAAGGGGAGGAGGAACGCUCGCAAGAGCAGCGUGGGUCUCAGUACCAGCGGCCGUCGAAGCUGCGGAACGAGCUACGGCACGGGCGAACGCGAUCAGCUGAACGGGAAGGGGACGUGCAUGCUGCGGUCACGCAUGACGAAGAACCGGUCCCGGUAGAAUCCUCGCAGGGACGCAUCGAGGGCGUUCUCGCCACGGAGGCGGAGGAGGAAGGCCCACCGGCGCUGUCGCAGAACGUACAAAACUUGUCACAGCCGCCAUCGCAAAAAAUGCACGAUCCGCUGCACUCCCCCUCGCAGGAGUCGCAGAAGUCGCGCCAGUCGCUCUCGUACCAGGGCGAUUCACAGAGCCAGGACAAGACUGCGGAGGCGCCUCCCGCGCCCUCCGAAGCACCUGUCGCAGGAGCCGAGGAAGCAGCCGUUUACGAGAGCGAGGAGGCGCCUGUUACCCUGGACGAAAAUUUGCCGUUGGCGGACAGGACUGUUGUCCACGUCGAGCGAGCAUCGCCUCCUUCCCCCAUGCAAGUUGACGAGGAACCCGGAUCACUCGUGGAGAAUGUUGGGAAUGCACCUACGUGGGCUGCUAUCAAGAGCGCGCCCUCAACGGACAGCGAGGGCGCCGAUAGUCAGGAAGAAGAGGCGGAUGUCGACCAGCUCCUCUCAGACCCGAUAGACAUGGACCAGCGCGACAGAGCACCGACGACCAAGACCAGACGGAAGGGCGCGACGAUCCAGGGUGCAAGGGGACAGCUAGACCCGGACGACGCGCGUACGGCGGCUAUGGUCGACCGAUACGUUUCGGGGAUACAGAAGAAGACCGCGAAGGAGAAGGCACAGCGCCGGGAUGGACGCCCUUCUGCGGAGGUGUUGGCUUCACGUCGGCCCACUCCUGCUGCCGAUGAACAGCCCAAGGCUCGCCUGGCUCAACGCCGCAAUAAGGGUCAAGGUGGUCCGGGCGUACCGUACGACCGGGGCGUGUUCACGAACGAGGAGUCCCUCAAGCUAACCGGCGAGGACGAGCAUCCUAGUCCCGUGGAUAGCCCGCCUGCCUCCAAGCAUUCGCGACAUGAUCCCGAGGUCUGGACCGCGCCGACCUUCAUGCGGAAAAGAAGCAGGUCGAAGGAGGACAUAGGUUCUCGUCUCGCGAAGGCGAAUGGGAAGCCUCAGCCAUCUGCUGUGUUGGCUGCUGGGACGACUGCGGUACAGAAGCGGCCUGCUAGUGUUUCUCCGGAGUUGGAACAGGAGGAGCCAUCGACCAAGAAGCGGAAGACGUCUACAGCUGCCAUUUCGGUUUCCGGGGACAACGCCAAACCUCGGUUGGAGCAGCAGCAAGCCGGUCAACGCGACAGGAAGUCCGAACAUGUCUCUGCGGCGGCGAGCGGGCCGUCCACACUAUCCCGUGACCGCACACAGGAUCUUCAAGCCCUGCCGAAAAAACCUACGCAGACUCGUCCUCCCUCAGAUGCUGCUAGUGCAUCGGACGCAGGAAGCACCGCGCUUAACUCCAAGUACCUCGACCUUCGCGCUGCUUCUCGGUCAUCCUCCCGAUCUUCUACGCGUGCGCCCAGGGCAGGAACUCGAGGGCCUGUGCAGACCAUUCCUACGCCAAGUGAAGCGUCCUCGAGCACCGGGAAGGGCAAGGCCCGGACGCUUACUGUCACAGACGAGCGAAAGGGAAGCGUAAGCUCUUCAAUGCCGCGCUCAAAACCUGUGCUACCUGUGCUUUCAGGAGCGAAGACGGUGUCUUCCCGUGGUACUACCCAGCGUUCCUCCGAUCCUGCCAAACAGGGGUCAUUGUCAACUCAUGCUGUCCCUGCUCCGUCUGGAUCGAGUUCUGGGGGUGGGGCCCUUGUGAGCGAGCUGCCGCCGCCUGGUCCUGACAAACCAGCAGAGCAACGUAAAUCAUUGCUGGAUGGGUAUAAGGUCUCGCUAGAUCUUGUGAAGGUGCCCGGUGGGCCGCCGUUACUAGAUUGGAACGAUCUACUACACAUCUUAUUGAGGACCGGACAGGCGCGAGCACGUCCGGCGUCGGGUGCGAGCAGAAGCGGAGGAGACGGGUAACGCCAAUAUGUCGUGCGAUGUGUGGCGAUUCUC